AUGCAUGGUGAGAGCCCUAUUCUAACAGUGUGGGGAGCCCGUCAAGGCCAGGUGUUGACGCUUAAAAAUGUUCAAAGCAUCAUCAAGUUUGCGCACAAAUACAAUCUGUUCAUCUUUGCUGAUGAGGUUUAUCAGGACAAUAUCUAUGCCGAGGGAAGCAAGUUCCACUCAUUUAAGAGAGUGAUGACACAGAUGGGCUCCCCAUUUGACAAGAUAGAACUUGCCUCUUUCAUGUCUUGUUCUAAAGGAUACAUAGGAGAGUGUGGACUGCGAGGCGGCUACUCAGAGCUUGUCAACGUUGAUUCCAAAGUGAUGGGAAUAUUGGUAAAGUCUCUUGCAACAAGAAGGUGUCCCGGUACUAUUGGCCAAACAACAAUGUUCUGCUUGGUAAACCCUCCCAAGCCCGGAGAGCCCUCAUAUGAGAAGUUCAAGUCAGAGAAAGAAGGAGUGCUCAAAUCUCUGGCAGAAAGAGCCAAGAUGGUGGCAGACACAUUCAACAGUAUCCCUGGCAUGAGUUGUAAUGCAGUGCAAGGCGCCAUGUAUGCCUUUCCUCAGCUGAAGCUACCUGAAAAGGCUAUAGCGAAGGCUAAAGCAUUGAACCAGUGCCCGUCGACAUUCUACGUUUUUCAGUUACUGGAGAACACUGGAAUCUGUGUAGUUCCAGGAGUUGGUUUUGGCCAACAGCCUGGGACUUACCACUUCAGGACCACAAUACUGCCCCAGUCUGAGAAACUGAAAAACAUGAUGGCAAAGAUAAAAGAAUUCCAUUUGAAAUUUUUGGAGGAAUACAAAUGA